AUGCCUUCCUCCGCGGCCCUGACACCGGGCCUGUCGUCCUAUCUCAAAUCACUCAAGACCAACCCGAUCGACACCUCCAUUGAUAAUCUGAUCUCACUUCUCAAGCGGAGACAGAUUCGCCAUUCUCGGUCCUGCGCGACUGCUACGGCUUACCUUCUUCUUCGAGUGAUCUCGGCCUGUAGGACCAGCGAUGCCGGCAAGCUGAUUGAGCGGGUGCAGAGCGUGGGACGGCGGUUGAUCGCCGCUCAACCGCGGGAGAUGGUGGUCGGGAACAUUGUGCGACGGGUCUUGGGUUUGAUUCGUGAUGAAGCUGAAGAUGACCGGGAAGGCGAUUUUACCUUGAGCGAGGCGGGCUCCGAAAGCCAGCCGCAGACUCCCCGUGCCACUGAUGACCCAUCGGUCCACGAAGGCUCCGAUCGAUCCUUGUCUCGCCCUCCUUUCCCCACCAUCAACACGACUCCGAUCUCUAUGUUCAACCUGCUUUCACAUCCGGAGCCCCAGCCGUCUCUCCCCGGGACGCCCGUGUCCGCCUCGCCUUCCGGAAGAUUCCCGCCUUACGCGCCGACCAAAGACAUCCGGGCCGAAGUGCUGGAGGGGAUUGGAGAAAUCAUCGAUGAACUGGGUCAGGUCGAUGACCAGAUUGCGGCGUAUGCGCUCGACCACAUCCACUCGAACGAGAUCAUCCUUACGCACACCUCGUCCACGACGGUUCAACGGUUCCUGCUCAAGGCCGCCGCCAAGCGAAAGUUCACCGUGAUCCACGCCGAAUCCUACCCCAACAACCACGAGGCCACCCAUGCCACCGUCAGCGGCAAGGAAACGGGCGACGAGGAGAUCAUGAGCACCGAAUCGUUCCAAAAACCGCUCAUCGCGCUCGGGAUCACGGUCAUCCUGAUCCCCGACUCGGCCGUCUUUGCGCUGAUGUCGCGCGUCAACAAGGUCAUCCUGGGCACGCACUCGGUCCUGGCCAACGGCGGCCUGGUGGCCGCGGCCGGCACCCGGGUGAUCGCCCGCGCCGCCAAGCUGCAUCAGACGCCCGUGGUGGUUGCCAGCGGCGUCUACAAGCUCAGUCCCGUGUACCCGUUCGACUUUGAGUCGUUGAUCGAAUACGGCGACGCCAGCAAGGUCAUCCCCUACGAGGACGGCGAUCUUGUCGACCAGCUGGACGUGCAAAAUCCGCUGUACGACUAUGUGCCGGCAGAGUUGGUGGAUCUCUACAUUACCAAUUUGGGCGGCCAUGCACCAUCAUACCUUUACCGGAUUGUAUCGGACCACUACCGCAAGGAAGACAUUAGCUUCUAA